UAUACUUCUGUUUGAUCGAAAUUUAACUAAAAGUCUAAAACUAUGAAACUAGAGGAAGCAAGUCACCAAGAUUGAAGAUAGACUAACAAUGGAGGAGAUAUGGAAGUUCAUUAAGGUAUGGUCUUUAGUUUUCAUAGCCUUGAGUUAUUGUUACUUCAUUCCUUCAAGAAUUCCAGAAGGAAAAUUAAGAUUGAUUUGUGUCAUCCCAAUACUAUACUUGUUCAUAAUUCUCCCUUGGAAUCUCGACACCAACCUUCUUAGAGGUCCUACUACUCUGUAUCUUGUUUGGUUAGGUAAUUUCAAUCUUCUUCUAUUUUCAUUUGGUAAAGGCCCUCUAUCUCCUAAAGAUCGACCAGUUUCGUUCUCAAAUUUCUUGGCCCUUGCUUGUCUACCAAUCAAGAUCAAGCAAACAGGCAAGAAUAGCAGUAAUUCAUCGCUCGAGUCAUCCGAAAGACCUCCUUUACAUUUGGCGAUCAAAGUGUUGGUUUUGGCGAUAUUGACCAUUGGUUGUGCACAUAAAGAACACAUCCAUCCAAAACUUCUGUUGUUUUGUUACUGUGGUUAUUUAUAUAUUGGGUUAGAAUUCACACUGCUUGCAGUUGGAGUCACAACUGCAAAAAUUCUAAAUUUAAAAACGGAACCAGUUUUCAACGAACCUUACUUUUCAGCAUCACUGCAAGAUUUUUGGGGUCGGAGAUGGAAUUUAAUGAUAACAAAUAUUCUGCGAGUAACUGUAUAUGAACCCAUAAGGAAAUGGGGUCAAUUACCCGCUGUGACCGCGACAUUCGUUGUUUCAGGAAUUAUGCACGAGAUUAUAUUCUUUUACUUAAUGGGGAUGAAUCCUACAUGGGAAGUCACUUUGUUUUUUAUUCUUCAUGGGUUUUGUAUUGGUUUAGAGAUUAAGGUGAAAAAACGGGUUAAGGGAAGGUGGACACUGCCUCUAAUGGUGUCAAGGCCAUUGACAAUUGGAUUUGUGAUGCCAACUAGUUUCUGGUUGUUCUUCCCACCACUCAUAAAGGGUGGCUUUGAUGAGAAGACAAGCAGAGAGAUUGUCGCAUGUCUUGAUUACUUUUCCAUGCAAACAACACACCAGUGAUGCAUGUAAUUAACAACCUGAAAUGAUAUUGAUUAAUAUUGUUUUAAGAUGACAUUAAUUUUCAGUAAAGAUUAAUGGAAGAAAUAUUUUAAAUGAAACGAUAGAAGUGUAUGGAGGGUACUUAUAAGUUAUUCAAUUCCGUAAUCUACACUGCUGGCAUAAAAACAGAACCUCUAGCUUCCUGGAGUUUCACUCGUUAACAUGGUAGUCCAAGCUCAACAACGGCUUGCGACUUCGAUCUACAGUCCAUUGACUGACUAAUCAUUUUGUAGGUGCAAAAUAUCGCUCGAUCAAUAAAAACGCACGACAAACACUUAGCAAUGUGGGAGAAUCACAACAAGGGAGAAAGAAUAACUGUACUACAUCAAUAGAGCGCUCCUAUAUUAGGAGAGCGCUCCAACAUCAACAGAGCGCUCCAACAUCGGCAUUUAUACAUUUCAAGGGCGGCAUUUAUAUAUUUCAAGGGAGGCAUUUAUACAUUUCAAGAGAGCGAGGCAACCUCCCUACCAGAUCCGAAAAUAAGUGUUUUAUUAGCUGUACUCCAAUGUCCAUAUUAGUUGUCAUCUACUAUGUAAACACAUAUAUAAAGAAAAAGUCAGGAGAGAAAAAGGGGAGGUCAAUUUUAUCUUUAGUGUUCUCUUCUUUUUCCACCACCACCACUUAGAUCUAGAUCUCCAAGCUUCAUUAACGGAGUCUUAUGUAAACAUCAAAUAAUUAUAAUGACGAAACGUAGAUGUAGAUCACAUUGAUCGAA